GCCUCGAGUAAACACCUCAUGUUGUUGUUCUGUUGCAAAACCGGCUAUCGAUCACGCUGUUGAAAAAUGGCUUGUACAUCUCCUGCAAAAGAUAGCGAUGCACUUGCAUUGCUUUUGUUGAAAAACGAAAGAUCCACACCAACGAAGUUAACGUGGUCAAAUGUUACCCCGAUCGCGAAACUCGAAGGGCGAGAGUUCGAAUAUCUUGUUCGCCAAAGUCGGAUUUGGGUUGGCAGGAACAGCAGCCUCGGAGAUGUUGAUGUAAACAUGGGACAUUCGAAUUUCAUAUCGCGAAAACAUUUAGAAAUUGUUUACGAUGCUCCUGAUUUUUAUUUGUCGACGAAAGGAAAGAAUGGAAUCUUUGUAGAUGGAGUAUUUCAUAGAAGAGGAUCAGAAGCAAUAAAGCUUCCAGAUAGAUGUGUGCUGCGGUUUCCUUCAACGAACAUCAAGAUCUGGUUCUCCUCUUUGGUUGAUGACUCAACCCCACGACGAGUACCAAGUCCCCCUAGACAGCGCCAGUUGGCACCUCUCAAGAUUAACAUCCCAGAAGCUGAUUAUUCAUAUCCCUCCCCUUUGCCGUCUCCAACUGGUACAAUAAGUGUACCGAAUUCAUGCCCAACCAGUCCGAGAAAUGGAAGUAGUUCUAUUUUCAAUACUGAUGUAUUGAAAGCGGCGGCAGAAUCUGCCAGCGAGAAACCAAAAGAAGAUGAGCAAGAGUUAGAAUCGAGCGAUGAAGCAGGGACUCCUACUACGCCGUCUCCAAGUGUGCUCACAGAAAAGCUGAAGAACCCAGAAGACAAGCCACCUUAUUCGUACGCACAGCUCAUUGUCCAGGCGAUUACGUCAGCACAGGAUAAGCAGCUCACUCUGAAUGGCAUUUACCAAUUUAUUAUGAAAAACUAUCCUUAUUACCGCAUUGGAGACAAAGGCUGGCAGAAUUCAAUAAGACACAACCUAUCGCUAAAUCGCUACUUCAUCAAAGUGCCUCGGUCUCAAGACGAGCCUGGAAAGGGAUCCUUUUGGCGCAUUGAUCCCCUAUGCGAGGGGAAGCUGACUGAGCAAGCAUUCAGGAAGCGAAGACAGCGUGGUAUGCCAUGCUUCAGACCAAUGUUUACGCUGACUUCCAGGUCUGCUCCUGCAUCACCCACUCAUGGAAUGAUGAUGCCACCACCAUUUGUACCUGUCCGCACUCCAGAAGAAGGCCGAUCUCCCCAUUCUUCAUUUCCUGAGGGAACAGAGUCCCCUAAGCCAAAAACAGUCAAGCCAGUUCCAAUGGCCGCCAAAGCAAAGCCUGUGGUUGAUGCUGCAAAGUCAUCUAAUCUUGGAAUAAGCUCAGCUGAAAAGGUGCCGCUCGGCCUUAAUACCAUAGUGAUUUCAACCCAGCAGCAGCAACAACAGCAACAUAAACCUUCAAGUGGGGUCAGCGUGAUCAGGCCCCAGUCUUCCAGUGCUCCCGCACAAAAUGGGUAUUCGAAGGUGGAAGCUGGCCGUCUCGCUCCGUCCAAUGGUAAUACGCUGCUUGAAAGGAAGCAUGUGAUCACAAAUCCCAAACAGGAAAUCGAGCGUAUUCAAAGUAACUACAACGGCCAGUCAGCAAUGUCAGUUCAUCUCCCUGCAUCUUUUCGACAAGCUCAGUCAAGUCCAACCGGGAUGCCUAAUCGCAUUUUGUCAGAGUCCAGUGCAGAAGAGCGUAGGGAUUACAAAGUAAAUUUGCUCAAUAGUUUUGGGGAAAAUCCAGAGAACUCUUUUGGAGAUUCGGAAAAUUUGCUUAAACGUCCGGUCGCUCAGAACUCUGUUAUGUCAUCGGAAGAAAAUGCUGCUAGUCCCAGUGCUAAAAAAGUGAAAAUUGAAGAUAGAUUUAAUGAGAAAUCAUAGCAGAGAGGUGGUUUUUAAAAAGACAACAAGCUGGUUUGGUUUCAAACAAAACGGAUACUAUAGCAUGUUGUGCACAUAUAUUCAGUUGCAUGGAACUUGCACACCACAGUGUAUGCCCAUUGUAUGUCCACAGUGCUUGUAUUUACUCACUGCUUGCGAGGCGAUCUGUCCGUGACGUAUACAGUGACACUGUGAGCAGCGUUCUGCGAUGUACUGUGGAGCAGCUGACUGUUGAAUUGCGGUGGAAACCAAUGUCUUGUUCUUGGAAGAGAUUUUUGUGAAAGCGAAUUUUGUAAAUGUAGAAGUAGAGAUCAAGCUGUGCUACUGGCCAAUAGAGCUUACCAACUCAAGCAAACUGUUUUCAAAUACUAAAUUUAUCAUCAUGAUUUGGACGCUAAAAGAUAUACUGUUUGAUACUGCGCUUUAAAUUUGUGUCGAAAAAGGCGACACAUCUUCUGUUUCUCAAUCUUAUUUUAGGCCCAUGACUACAAGGUGGCAGUUUCCCGUGGUGUUAUUGUCCAAUGUUAGUCCACUGAUAAGCCGCAGCAUGGACGUUCUUUCGAAUGCAUGCGUUUGAUUUUUGUGCAACGUAACCAAUUUUAUCAACCACCAUUUUAGUGUUUUUCCGAUAGAAAGUCUUGUGUUGUGUCCGUUAUGUACGUUAGAAUUACUUAUUUUGAUUUGUUAAGAUUUCAAUCAAUACAAAUUAAACAAGGGAUUCUUUAUCUCUUUUGACCCAACUCACAAACAAGGAAGUCACCCUAUAAAGAGGGAUAAACCCCCUGGAUUCAGUGAAAUCACUGCUUGUCAGUGUUGCAUUUGGAACCAAGUAAAUAUUUAGUUUUUGAGAGACUAAACCGUACGUUUUUGACUGACUGUGUGUUCCUGGUAAAGCAAUUGAGAUAUUUCAUCCAAGGCAUUUUUGGGUAGCUUACAUGCGAGAUUUUGAAAGCUGGACGCCGAACCGCUUUUGAAUCAUUUUUAUGUAAACAUUUCUGUACCAGUUAUUAAUCUCAGUAAAGAUAUUUGCUUUUAUUGUAUUUUUUGACAGAUUCAUAUUAAAUGUACGGAUCUUUCAGCCAACAUCUUAUAGCAGAAUCAGGCAUUCUUGGAAAAGUUUGUAAGUCAGAUGAUUGAUUGAUAGAUAGGAUAUAGACGGAUAGGCAACAGGUAAUAGGUGCAUGAUGCUUAUUGUAAAAAAGACAACUUGUCAUUGCAUGUGACCCAUUAUUGAUAUAUCUGUUAUCAUAUAUGUAAAAGUCUAUAUGACAUUUCACAAUCUUUAUUUUGUAUGAUGAUGUAUUUUUCCUGAAAACUGCGUUAUGUCUCUCGUUGGUAUUGAAACGUGUAGAGGUGCGAACCUUUCUUCUUGGUAGAGAUUUUUUCGGUACUACUAAGUGCAAAAUGCCAAGAUCAGUAUUGAUAUCUAAAUGUUGUCAGGGAACCAUGUCUGGUACCCUUAGAGCCCAUAAUCCAGUAUGAAUCAUAGAAACAGAUAAUAUUGUCUUUCCCAUUGAAGAAGUGACUUCAUAUGUUAUUUGAGUAUCCUUUUUCUCGUUGCAUUUCGUGACACUGCUAGCAUGGAGCUUCCAGUUUCAGAGAUGAUGUUAUUGUAUUGAUUGUUAUGUGAACGUUACCGUAGUAGAACAAUUUCGGAAUUUUCAGUGACCGAAACAGAGUAGGUUACUCUAUUCUUCUUAUCUCACCAAAUCUUUAAGAAAUUUGAAAUGUAUUUUGAAGUGGUUGUAAUUCUGUAGUCAACUAUUUAUGAUUUCGUGAUAUUAAUGACGGUUUA